UUCCCGCCCCGCCCCUACACGCACUCCUUCGCCGCGGACCAGCUACUUUCUCGGACGGACGAGGAAAGUGAGGGCGGCCCUGGUGACAGCGCCGCGGGGCCAGUCCCGGGGAAGCCGCGCGCCGGAUAGCCUCGCGUUCUUCGCGCUCCCGGCCAGGGCACAGCCCGAACCCGAGCCAGGAUGGCUUCCACCACCACCUGCACCAGGUUCACCGACGAGUAUCAGCUCUUCGAGGAGCUCGGAAAGGGGGCUUUCUCGGUGGUACGAAGAUGUAUGAAAAUUCCUACUGGACAGGAGUAUGCAGCCAAAAUUAUCAACACCAAAAAGCUUUCUGCUAGGGAUCAUCAGAAACUGGAAAGGGAAGCCAGAAUCUGCCGUCUCUUGAAGCACCCCAAUAUUGUGAGACUCCAUGACAGCAUAUCGGAAGAAGGCUUCCAUUACUUGGUGUUCGAUUUAGUUACUGGAGGUGAGCUGUUUGAAGACAUCGUGGCAAGAGAAUAUUACAGUGAAGCUGAUGCCAGUCAUUGCAUUCAGCAGAUCCUGGAGGCUGUGCUACACUGCCAUCAGAUGGGCGUAGUCCAUCGGGACCUGAAGCCUGAGAAUUUGCUUUUAGCUAGCAAAUCCAAGGGAGCAGCUGUGAAACUGGCUGACUUUGGCUUAGCCAUAGAGGUGCAAGGAGACCAGCAAGCAUGGUUUGGUUUCGCCGGCACACCUGGAUACCUGUCCCCAGAAGUUUUACGCAAAGACCCUUAUGGAAAGCCAGUGGAUAUGUGGGCAUGUGGUGUCAUUCUCUACAUUCUGCUGGUGGGGUAUCCACCCUUCUGGGAUGAAGACCAACACAGACUCUAUCAGCAGAUCAAGGCUGGAGCUUAUGAUUUUCCAUCACCAGAAUGGGACACGGUGACUCCUGAAGCUAAAGACCUCAUUAACAAAAUGCUUACCAUCAACCCUGCCAAACGGAUCACAGCUUCUGAGGCACUGAAGCAUCCAUGGAUCUGUCAACGUUCUACUGUUGCUUCCAUGAUGCACAGACAGGAGACUGUAGACUGCUUGAAGAAAUUUAAUGCAAGACGAAAACUAAAGGGUGCCAUCUUGACAACCAUGCUGGCUACAAGGAAUUUUUCAGCAGCCAAGAGUUUGUUGAAAAAACCAGAUGGAGUGAAGGAGUCAACUGAGAGUUCAAACACAACCAUUGAGGAUGAAGAUGUGAAAGCACGAAAGCAGGAGAUUAUUAAAGUGACAGAACAACUGAUUGAAGCUAUCAACAAUGGGGACUUUGAAGCUUACACAAAAAUCUGUGACCCAGGCCUCACUGCCUUUGAACCUGAAGCUUUGGGGAACUUAGUGGAAGGCAUGGAUUUUCACCGAUUCUACUUUGAAAAUGCUUUGUCCAAAAGCAACAAACCAAUCCACACGAUCAUCCUGAACCCCCACGUCCACCUAGUGGGGGACGACGCGGCCUGCAUCGCGUACAUCAGGCUCACACAGUACAUGGAUGGCAGCGGGAUGCCAAAGACAAUGCAGUCCGAAGAGACCCGCGUGUGGCACCGCAGGGACGGGAAGUGGCAGAAUGUCCAUUUUCAUCGUUCCGGGUCACCAACAGUCCCCAUCAAGCCACAGUGUAUUCCAAAUGGGAGAGAAAACUUCUCAGGAGGCACCCCUUUGUGGCAAAACAUCUAAGGCCUGAAAACCAUUCACAUUGGGUCUUCUAAUGAUCAACAGUGCCACUUCCGCAUUCUCUGUUCUCAAGGCACCUGGAGAGUAACCUUGGACCGUCCUCUCCUCCUCUUCAUGCAUGGUUCUGAGUGCAUGAAGUUGUGAAGGUCCUAGUGGAAUGCCUAUGUGAUCAUCACCCUCUCUUCUAUUCCUUCCUAUACAUUGUUUACACUUCAACUACCAGGCUGGGAUGCCCAAUGCAACUUCAGUUACUGUUGGCAAACAAUGGGGGGAGGUCAGACACACCAACCAAAAAGUCCACAAUAUUCCAAGUGCAACCUUUUCACCAACUUAUUUUGUGUAUGCCAAGAUUGAACAGACUUAACAUUUUUGUUGUGUUCUGAAUGACAGCAAGUAUGAGAAAUGCAAAAAAAAAAAAAAAAGAAAUUUAAUUCUUUGCUGUUAAUCUGUUUUGAUUUUUCUUUAUUUCUUUCAUUUUUUUUUUUGCAAGGCAAACACACACACACACACACACACACACACACACCUUCAGUUUCCUAGUGUGAUCCUGGUUAAAAUGGAUGGUUCUUCUAUGAGUGUUUUGUGGGCUUGAUAUAUGAACAAAAUUACAUAUGAAUGUAGAAGAAAGAAUGUCUUGGUAAGAUACUAUCAAAGCCAUGUUGUUUUAGUCAAACUGUGUAAACUGGAAAACACGUCAUUUACAAGUUUGAUCAUUUCAGGGCAGAUGCACUAUUCUGCUGAAUUCACUCAGGUGAAUUCACUAAGGUUCUUUUUUUUUUCUUUUUCACAUCUUUAUGUUUUCUUCAUUUAUCCUAUUUGUUUACUACUUUUGUUUGCUUUUGAAAUCUUCUAUUGUUAUUGUUGUUUUCUUUCUGUCCCCCAUUCUUUAUACUUAUUUCUGUGUUUGGCUGGUAGUAUGUAAGAGCAAAAUAGAAGUGAAAUGUGUGUGGUGAAGGUCAAGUAGAAAUGGAAGUCUUUUGGAGAGAGCUAAACUAGCAUUUUUGAUGUAUUUAAUUCUGCUCAAGCUCUGAUUUAGCCGUAGGCGUCCUAAACAUGAUAGAGCUAUUUGGAUCGUGGAAACUUCAAUAAAAGCAAGAAAGUCCCUGCUGUAAAUGAGGAAUGAUCUUUCUCAUUGGGGCAAUUGCCAGAAAGCCAAGCCAGGAGCAGAUCAGAGUUUUGUGCAAAAGCUCCCUUCCACCUUGCGGAAUAGGAAGCCCCUCCUCCUCGCCUGUCAUUGAGCUAUCUUUCUAAAAUUAGAGUGCUUAGCAAUGUUUUCCAUUUUCAUACAUGUUUUGAACUUGAUCUUUGUGACUUGGGAUUUUUUUAAUUUCUCAUUGUUUUCCUCUUCUCUCUUAAGUCAGAAUAUUAUUCUUUUCCUCCAAGGAAUUAAGAUUUUUUUCCCCCCAGUUUCAAACAAAAUGAAAAGGGAAAUGUCCCGAUUUUUUUUUUUCUUCUAUGCUUCUUUCUCGUCUUUCUUUGUUGAAUGAAUUUCCUGUGAGGCUUUUCCUCAUCCCUGCAAUACUUAAUAGUGCAUGGAAUCUCCAUCUGACUUAUGUUAUCCAUAAUCACCCAUACUCCUCAGAAACCUAUUUUUAAAGCAGAAGCAAAAAAUAUAAAAAUAAAAAUAAAAAAAUUUAAAAAAUCAACAAAAAAACCCAACCCAUCCCUUUUCUCCGAUGCCACCUUUCUCUGUUGAUUACGUAUCACCGUAAAUAUUGUUGCUAGUGGAUGUAUGUAGCUGGGUUGAAGCUUUUCUGAUAAUUAUUACACAAAUUUAAAACAAUAUAUAUUUAAAAUGAAUAUAUACAGUAAAUGUAUUGAGCCAUGUUAACCUGCCAAUGAGAUCUGUGAGGAAAAAAAGAAAAUAAUGGCCUCAUUUUUUCCCUUUGUAAUUUCUUUCACCUUUUUGUGAGGCGGCUCCACGUGACAUUCAUGUAUUUAAAAUUAAAAAGAAAAUAGGUGUAGAGUGUUUCUUGUUUUUUACACUUUGAACUUAGCAUGUGGUGUUGAAGUAUUAUCAUAGAUCAAGUUUGUCUUCCCCACUGCAAUGUGAGGAAAUUGUGAUUUGUUCUCUCCGCCACAAUUUAAUUACACAUUUAUUAUCUUCUAUCAUUUUGAAACACUGCAGUUUACCAUGGGACACUGUAUAUAUUUCUUGCCAUAAUGGUAAAUGAUUGAUUGAUAUAUUUAAGAGUUAAUAAAUUUGUGAUUUCUGCUGA